CUAUACCGUUAUAGGUAUAAAUAGAGGCGGCGGCUGCGCAAACGAUUGUGAGUCUCAAUUGAGCUGGUCAAGCGUGUGGACGUACUUAAUAAUAAUAAAAUAAAAUAAAAUGUCGAAAUUUUUCCUUGCUGCACUUCUCUGCGUCGCUGCGUGCGCACAGUUGUCUUUUGCUGCCAGCAUUGCCGAAGCGAUCGAUGCUGAUCUGCGCGUAAACCUCGAGGGCUACAACAAGAUCCUCGCCGCAGUCGAUGAAACACACAAAGCCAAUUUGGAGAAAUUGAUCGCCCAGACCGAGGCUGCGCUCAAGGAGGCCGACCACAAGCAGAAGACCAGCAUUUUGGAUGGUCUUGCUGGCGCUUUCCCCGAAGAAUUCAAUCAGUAUUUGCACAAGAAAUUGCAGGAAUUGAAUGUUGAUGGUGAAAUUCAACAAUCCGUCGAUUUCUACAAGGGUUUGUUGGAAAAGUCCGAGUCCGGUGAAUUCAAGGCUGACAUUGAGAAGUCCAUCGAAAGAUUGAACGCCAUUGCACAAGAGGCUGAUGCCGCUAAAAAGGUAGAAAGCUAUUUGCAAUUCACCCAAGACCACCGUGCCGGUUUCCAGGAAUACUUGAAGAAGCAAACCUUGCCACAAAUCGAGACCUCCUUGAACGGUGCCAUCAAAUUCUUUGACGGUUUGCUCGCUCAAGCCGAUAUCAAGCACAAGGAAGAAAUCACCGCUUUGAAGGUAAAGGCUGAGGGAGGUUUGACCGCCGCCAGCUUGGAAGAUAAGCAAAAGAUCUACUUCGAAGUUACCAACCCCGAAAACAAGGACGUGUUCAACUACUUGAGAGAGAAAUACAUCGAAAAGCAAUAGAACGUUACUUGACUCAAGUGUUGUGUAUCAAAUAUUUGUAUGGAAUCGUAAAUUUAAUUUAUUUCAAAGUUGAAGAAUGUGUGUCGUUAAAAGGACCCGUCUAUUGGCGUACGUGUGAAAAUAAAAAUUGGAAAAGCAUAUUGCUAAAAU